AAUUCUGGGGUCCUUGAUGCAUUUGAGAAUACUCUACUUUAUUUCCGGACCCGGUGGUGCGAGAACACAAUGUCUUCGAUCUGCUACUCUGCUUCUGAUCUGUCUUCGAGUACGCUCGGGGCCCGCCCACACGAGAUGCGAACAUUUAAAAUUCAAACCACCCUUUUGCGAUGCAAGCAAGCGCAGCUUUGCACGCUGAAAUGUGGAGAGGCGUAUAGUGACAGUGCAGGAAUCGUCCCAAACAUCCAGGCUUUUUGCAAGUCUGAGAUUAUAAAGACUCCUCCCUAUUCAGACCUUUAGGAUGCCUGGAGGGGGUUCCACGGCAGAAGGUGAUCGAGUGAUUACCAACAGGUCGGACGCAGCUAGAAGAAAUAAAACUGUAGCAGGGUAGCACUAGAACUGAUCCUGGGAUACUUCAAGUGAAGUCUGCACGACUCGUAAGGUCUUCUGGUUCUUCAGCCGCCAUCACAUAUCUAGGCUAAUCAAGGUCAGCGUUAGAUGAUGUGAAAAUUCUUUCAGAUUGAAAGUCGGCGUGUCGUGGGCGGCGUCUAUCUAUUGCAGAAGCAGAAGCAGUCGGUGCUGAUGAGGAUGAGUAGCACAUGGGCACAAAGGCAAUUAGGAUUGAUUACCUUCAGUACGUCUUGAGAGCCAGUGCGUGCAUCAGACUUCACUCCGUUCGUCACCAUCGUUCUCGAGUGUAAUCAAGCUAAGCUAGCUUCCAAGAUUUUCAAGUCUGCGGUCGUAGAAUAGGUAUCGAUCGCAAUCUUCGUCGCAGUUUGGGAAAUUCUUCAGCCUGAUUUGCAAAAUUGCUGGACUGAAGACAUCAGUUCAGCGAGUACACCAGCCAGCGUCUUCAGAUUUCCUUCUGCUCACAAUGUGUAAUUUCCAAAACCUGUGACAGAAUUCUAUGCGGCUUCCGCAUGAAUAUAUUAAAUUCAUAGAGCGUCAACAUCUCCUGAUGAAGGUGAAUAAGACUCAGUCAACAAACUCUUCCAGAUUUCAAAGAAAAACUUUAAAAAACGGAAGUUCCCGCAGGGAGUCACGUUCUUCAUGAAGCUGACGUGACUUGUGCUCGUCUGAAUCAGUUGUAUGCAUCAAAAGCUCAUGCGCAAGCAAUUUCUCCUUCUGAGUUUCCGAGCCGUGUAAACCAUGCGCGGUUGCAGAGUACUCUAGCUUCCAUGGCUUGGACGAGGGAUACUCCCAAACUGUCACAACUUCGCAGGUCUCACUUCUACACAGGCAACAUCGAGAAGGCGAAACAGCUGGAGUUCAGAGUGACAACUUUUUGGGCCGCGACUCUUCUUUUCAGCCUGCUCGCUUCCACCGUCUUGUCUAAGUCUCCAGAAGGCUUUGUGACCCUCAAUUGCGGAGGCGUGGCCUUCACGGAUCCGGUCACGGGUUUGGAAUGGGAGAACGAUGCGCGAUUUAUCGAGGCAUACGACGACCUGCGCGCGGAGAGGGUCCUGAUCAACGCCAGCGUGAAUCUCGAACCCAGCACGAGUCCUGUGGACAACGGGGAGAGCUUGAAGGAUGCGUCGAUUUUCUACCCGACAGGCCCCAUACCGAGAUCGAAGUUCUGCUAUGAUCUGCCGAUUUUCAACUACUCAACCGAGGAGCCAAGGAACUACCUCCUCCGCGCGACGUUUCCGAGCAGCAAUCUGACCACCGAGGCCACGAAUGCCAAAGGAGACAAUGUAUCCCUGAGCACUUACAGCAUGCGCUUCUACUUCACCGUGGACUCGACGUACAUCUCCACCAUCGAGCUGCAGGAAAACCAACCUCAGAUCCUCGAGCUCGUCAUCACCGCGUUCGAGGCGGAGGUGUACGUGUGCCUGGUCCCUCUCGAAGACAGAUCGUCCAUGCCGGCCAUUUCCGCACUGGAGCUGCGCCCCUUUGCACUUGGCAUGUAUCCUCGAGUCGAUUCUGGGAUGCUCAAAGACUCCAUCACGACCUACUUCCUGACAGUUGCCCGGCUCAAUUUUGGAGGCGACAUCCAGUUGAGAUAUCCCGUUGACAAGUACGACCGAAUAUGGGCUCCUGCGAAGAUUCCCAGCGGUGAAAAGCAAUUCAGGUCUAGAACGAAUGUUUCGCGUGUUCAUAUUCCACAUUAUGCGCAGAUUGAUAUGCCGGAUGAGGUGAUGAGCACAGCCUGGGUUGCGACGCAGUUGGAGAAUAACGUGACGUUUGAGUUAAAUUUGACGGGAGUGAGAGCAAUGCGAGCCGUCCCUAGUUUCUAUUUCAGCCUCCUCUUCUACGAGAUGCUGGAGACUGCCAAUAACACUCGGUUUGUCAACAUAUAUCAGGACGACCCAGAUGACCGAAAGAUUUUCAAUGACUUACACAUUUUUAACUACAGAUGGCGGAAUGUCUAUAGCAGGAGGUGGACUUUUACGACGAAUGCUCCCACCUUCAAAAUCAGAGCAAAUGGCACGAGCCCAAACCCCGGAUUGAUCAAUGCAGCAGAGUUUUAUGGAGAAUUUGAUGCUGUGGUAUGGAGGACAUUCCAGAACGAUUCUAGCACCCUUAAAACCUUUUCCCUGAGCGCUCCCAGUUUACUGGAUACAGCCGGCGAUCCUUGCCUGCCGGUCCCAUGGGCCUGGGUGGUCUGCAGCAUCGAAACACCACCUCGAGUUACACAGAUAAAUAUUACGAGCAGAGGCGUGGGCGGAAAUUUGCCCACAGAUUUUGGACAGUUGGAUCGUCUGACCAUUUUGGAUUUGUCUAACAAUUCAUUUCGUGGUCUCGUGCCGGCGUCCCUGCAGAAUGUCACGACCCUAACAGCAAUGAACUUAGGAGGGAACGAGCUUGAAGGUGAAAUUCCAGACUUUCCGCCGUUGGCAUUUCAGAAUCUGGAAAGACUAUCUUUCUCCAACAAUAGGCUCAAAGGGAACCUAUCCUCGCUUGUCAACUCACUGGCUGAACCUCUUUUCAACCUAGACCUCAGUAGAAAUUUCUUCAGCGGAGCCAUACCUACGGAGAUAGAGAAACUGAAGAAUCUGCAGAAUAUGGACUUAUCAAGCAAUCGACUAACUGGGGAGCUGACUUUUGACCUGAACAAACUCUCAACCUUAAAAUAUCUAAAUCUGAGCAGUAACGUUCUGAAGGGAACAGUUCCCAGCACCUUAUGGAGCAGUUCCAGCCUUCAACUGGUAGAUCUGAGUAAUAACGAGUUCGAGACUUUGAAUCUGACAACAUGGUAUCAAGGUGUCCUGAAGACAAAAAGCCUGGAAGCAUCUGCAGUUCUUCGGCAGGUCAAGUUGCAGGGGAAUCAAAUCAAGGAGAUUGUACCCGCAAAUUUGAUUGAUCUGGACAGCAUAAUCCCAACCCCAUCAACUAAUGAACAGCAGAGUUCACUACAAACUCCGCUCGGUUUCAUUUUGCUCACAGAUAGUCCUUGGUGCAUUGAUCGUGAAGCAAACAAUUCAAGUUUGAUCGAAAGAUAUUUAUGUCGUUCAAACGAGCACGUUAACUUCUGGCUGCAGCCCCGGAUUGAUAAUGACGGCGUCAGUACGAGAACAUUGGUCAUCGUGGGCGUAGUAUCUGGACUGGUGUUAUUGUUUAUGGCCUGCUUAGUUGCAUAUUUCUUGUACAGAAUUCGGAGACGAACUCGAGAGCUACACCAAAUACAGGAAGCUCUGGAGAAAGAGCACGUAAAGCCACCGUUCUUCAGCUACGAUGACCUCAAGACGGCUACAAGCAAUUUCUCACAUGACAAUAUACUGGGAAAAGGUGGAUAUGGCACUGUAUACAAGGCAGUACUUGAAGACGGAAGCAUUGUAGCUGUGAAGAAACUCCAUCCAACUGAGCAAAAUACAGCCGAAUUCUUUAGAGAAAUGGUGAACAUUACGGGUAUCAAACACAGAAAUCUUAUUCAACUUCUGGGAUGUUGUGUAAGAGAGAAGCAGCAACGCAUGCUAGUUUACGAGUUCGCGGAGAAUAGGAGCCUUGCAGAGGCUUUGUGGGGUCUCGAGAAACUUUUCGUACUGAGUUGGGAACAGCGGUUCAAAAUAUGCGUUGGAAUAGCCCGUGGUCUUGCUUAUUUACACGAAGAGUUGCAGCCGAAGAUGAUUCACAGAGAUAUCAAACCUCAGAACAUUCUUCUGGACAAGGACUAUAAUGCAAAGAUUGCUGAUUUUGGAUUAGUCAGACCCGCUCACACGGACGACACUCUAGUCACGGUCAACAUCGGUGGAACAAGGGGCUACUUCUCACCGGAGUAUGCAAUAGAGGGCGUGGUAUCGGAGAAACUGGACGUUUAUAGCUUCGGCAUUGUUCUGUUGGAGAUUGUUUCCGGGAGGCUUUGCAUCAGUUAUAGGAUGUCUGCAGAACGAAUUUAUCUUCGAGCCUGGGUGAGUUAUGUUUAAUUAUAU